UGUCGUUCAGCCCUGUAUCUGUAGUCUGUAGUACGCGUGUGUACGUUCAAGAAAGAGGUUGCGGUACCGACAGUCCUAACUCCUCGAGUAAGGACGCGCCGCAAACUGCUUAUAAAUUGUACAUAACGUAGAUAUUUAGUUAUCCAAGGAUAAAUUAGCUUUUACUGCUUAUUAAUAAACGAUUCGAAAUGACUUCGGAGGAGACAAAGUUAGAUCACCGGGCGAGGAAACGGAUCAAGGAAGUCAAGAGAAAAGCCAGACCUGAACUUGCUGAUAGAGCAGCCUGGUCUCAACAUAAUUAUAGUAAACAUUUUCAGCAAUUUUGGAACUUCACAGAUAAUGUGGAUCGAAUAACAGAAUCAGAAGUUUCAUCAGAUGAAUUUAUUAGGAGAUAUGAAAAACCUUAUAUACCUGUGAUAAUUAAAGGUGUUCAAAAUGGUUGGAAGGCCCAACAUAAAUGGACAAUUGAGAGAUUGGCAAAGAAGUAUCGCAAUCAAAAAUUCAAAUGUGGAGAGGAUAAUGAAGGAUAUAGUGUGAAAAUGAAAAUGAAAUAUUAUGUACAAUAUAUGCAGAAUAAUGAGGAUGAUUCUCCAUUAUAUAUAUUUGACAGUUCCUUUGGUGAACAUCCUCGAAGAAAAAAGUUACUAGAGGAUUACACCAUUCCAAAGUACUUCCAAGAUGACCUCUUCCAGUAUGCAGGAGAGCACAGAAGACCCCCAUACCGUUGGUUCGUUAUGGGUCCUGAAAGAUCAGGUACUGGAAUCCAUAUUGAUCCUUUGGGCACAAGUGCUUGGAAUGCACUCAUUUCUGGGCACAAAAGAUGGUGUCUAUUUCCUACUCACACUCCAAGAGAACUUUUAAAGGUGACUGGUAUUGAAGGAGGCAAGCAGAGAGACGAGGCCAUUACUUGGUUUUCUGUUAUUUACCCGCGAACAAAAUUGCCGACAUGGCCACAAGACUGCAAACCUAUUGAAAUUCUGCAAAACCCUGGGGAAACUGUAUUUGUACCUGGUGGCUGGUGGCAUGUUGUUCUUAAUCUGGAUGACACUAUUGCCGUUACGCAAAAUUUUUCUUCACGCACAAAUUUUCCGGUUGUUUGGCACAAGACUGUUCGUGGACGGCCAAAAUUGUCACGCAAAUGGUUAAAGGUUCUCAGAGAAAAAGAGUCAGAUAUCGCCGCACUGACCGAUACAAUCGAUGUAAAGGAAGAUACUGGCGUGGCCAGCGAUUCGUCAAGUGGGUCUUCCAGUAGCUCAUCAAGCAGCAGCAGUAGCAGUGCUUCGGAAGAGAGUCAAGAAGAUGACAGUGGUCAGGAAUCACUAAGUGCUCACAAAAAGAAAAAGAGAAGAAAACUGAACAAUAGUCGAACCUGACGAUGUCACAUUUUUGGGACCUUCAGAGACCUCAGACUGUACAACAUUAAUCAACAAUUAUUGUUUGUACUAAGAUUAAAUAUUACAAUUAUGACCACCUUUAC